AUGACUAGGAGGUCCAACAAGGACAACCUAGUUGAACAUCCAGAGAUAGACAAGCUUGAGAAGCAACUUAGGAAGCAAAAGCCCAAGAGAUGGCCGACGAAGCAGCUCGCGCUCACGCCGCUGAAGUGGCGCGCGCUCAAGAAGAAGGAAGAGAUCCACCUCCUCCUCCUCCUAAUCCACAAGACCCUGCUGGAGAUAAACCCUAUCCAUCCACCACUUCCUGCAAGGAAUGACUAUGAGAUCAAGCCUCAGAUCAUAGCAUUGGUUAGACAGAACCAAUUCAAUGGACUUCCAGCUGAGCACCCUCUUGAUCACAUAGAAAACUUUGAAGAAAUUUGCAGCACUACAAGAUCCAAUGGAGUCUCUGCUGACUACCUUAAGUGCAAGCUCUUUUCAUUCUCUCUUGGCGACAAAGCUUCAAGAUGGUUGAAGUCUCUGCCAGCUCACUCCAUCACCACUUGGGAUGAGUACAAGGAUUCAUCAACCACUUCUACGCCAAGAUCUCCACUUUCGCCAAUGAGUCUUUCUAUGAGGCGCUAG